AUGUCUUACGCCGAGCAUGGACCCCGCAUUUUUUUGACGGGUAGACCAAGCAGCGGUGUACCUUUGACUUACGGGGAUUACAUCCUGCCGCAGAAGAGAUCGGAGGGUCGCUUGAAGCUGUACAACUCGUGUACAGAUAUUCGUGCUUGGAGCCCGAAUGUCUUGGAGAGCACGCGCUACUUCCGCGAGCUUAACGAGCAUGACAGACCCACGCCUGGGAAACUGAUACCAUUCAACGUGAUAAUGGAAAACAUGAUAGCACUUACGACUCAGGCUCAGCGUGAGCUUCGCGUCGCGCGGCGAGAACUGCGGGGAUACAGAUCCUUGAAUCUCACCCCGGAGCAACGGGAUCACCUGGAGAAAGAUUUCGACAGAGCUACUGGCGGGACCGAUAAGGCGGAAGAAAUGAGAAUUGAAUAUGUGAUGAGACCGCUCGCUCAGGAGGGACUUAGAUUAUUCAACGCAAACAGGAUUGCAUCCUCGCGGCAUUUGGACGCUUAUAUGUCGAUAUACUUUCGUCCUGACAGAUUUCGAUACGUCGGAGACGGCCGUCCGCUACUAACUAAUACGCGCGUCUCGAGACAUCAUCUGAACACACAUCCAUUAUCGGAAAAUAAUACUUAUCUGGUGUCGCGCGUAACGUCCUGCGAUAUACUGACCGAGGUGAAAGCCACGCGAGAGCGCAGCGAGCAAGCGAGCGUCUGCAUCGAGUAUGUUGACGCGUCUUCCCAAGCGGCGCAAGACGUUCGCGAGAUCGGUGUGCAAACGGAGGAAUGUAAGGACGACGACGCUUACGACAGGCAGUCCAACGUCGAUUCGCCCUCCAGUCAGUAUUACGAGACUACCGAAAGCGUGUCUACGUCCGAAAGCGAGUUAGGGAUAAACUCGGAUCCCGAGGUCUGCGAGAGAAGUCACAAGGGAGUGAUCAUCCAAAAGGAUUCGGAAAUUAUCGUUCUGAAGAACGAGCUUGGUAUGAAAGAAGACGAGCUGGAAGAGCUGCGGGAACUCAACAGGCAUUUGAAAACAUUGUUAAAAGAGAAGGACGAAGAUUCAAACAUUCUGAGGCGUAACGUUAAUACCCUGCAAGAAAAGUUGAAAAUAGUGAGCGUCAGACGCGACUGCGAGACGGAAGAUCUAAGUGCAAAAGUUUCUUCUUUCGAGUGUUUGGUGAAUCAGUUGAAAGCGGAGCUAGCUAGAAAAUGUCAAGUUUGUUAUUUCCAAUCACAGGAAAUCCAGAAACUUAGGACGGAAGCUAAAGAGGCAGAAUUACUUUCCAUGGAAAAUGAGUCGCUCACGCGGAAGGUGAGGGAGAUGGAGCAUUUAUCGAGGGAGGCGGAGAGCUGCGGUAUCGCUUUGGAGCAGAUGAAAAAUGUCUGGCGAGAACGUGAUACGCUUCAAAAGCAAUAUCACGAGCAAAGUUGCGCGCUGGCGGACAGGGAAGAUGAAAUAAAACGACUAUUGACGUUGAUAAAGCAAAUGUCUGUUACGUCUGACACUCGUGAGGUAGAGAUGAAUGAUGUAGUGGCCGACUUGAGAAAUGAGAUUCAGGCAAAAAACGACAAGAUCUCGCAGUGCGAGAUGCAGCUAGUUUGCAUGGAGCGGGAGGUCGGUAAUCUGACUAACAUGCUGAAAAGCAGUCUGAAUAAUUUCGACGAGACUAAGAUAGCGUACGAGGGCGUUUGCGAUUACACCAAGUGCGAGCACGACACUUGCUUAGACGUGCAGAGCGCGUUGUCCGCUUUAAAAGCGUUUAUCGCCGAGUUGGAGGAGUGUAAACUAGAACGGCGUAAUCGUCUGCGGGAAAUAGAUAACUUAAAGGCUUAUGUGGCAUGUUACAGCCAAGAGACCGUCAGCGAAAUUACAAACACAGAUUUUGAUACCGGACACGGAUCGAUUCAGCCGGCUGCAGAAGAUGUUUCCACGCACACAUCGAGUAACGGCGACUGUCAUUCAUCUAAAGAAUUAGUCAGCGUUCAGAUUCAAUCAGACGAUGUUGACACUACCACAACGUGUUCUGAAGAAUCGGAAAAGAUAGAAUUGAACGAAGUAAUCUCGUAUAAAGAUAUCGAUCGUGCCCUCGCAACGCACAUCAAACGUUCCAUUGACAAAAUACAUGAAAUAUCCGCGGUGCUUCAAGGUGCCGGCGAUCAUCACGUGCAAAUUAUCAAAGAGUUCACGAGGCAGCAGCAGGAGCUGCAGAAGAAGGACCUCGAGAUUACGGAAUUGAAGCAAAAAGUGGCGGAGCACAUGUUGCGAAGGGGCGAGGGCGACUGCGCGAUUCAGGAACAGUUGAGGAAAAAGAUGUUGGAGAAGGAGAAGGUGUUGGAAGCUAUAAUAAGUAAAAGGGACUCGAAAAUCAAGAGGCUGCACGAACACCUCGCCGAACUGGAGAGCGAUAUUUUUUCUUACCGCGCGGAGUGCGACGCGUUGAAAGUCGAGAACGCCGAGCUCAUCGAUGCGAGGAGCUUACUUUCGAAGGAGAAUGACGCGCGAAGUGAAGAACUGAGAACACAGAGGCGGCAGAUGCGCGAGUUAACUCAGCAGAUAGACGACUUGAAGCGGACCGUCGACGUCUUAAAGGAAGAAGCGAAUAAUGCCGAGAACAUGAAAAAGAAAUUGAUCGAUCUGCAGAUGAAGAACAACGAUCUUACGAAUAAGCUUAUACAGGCAAACGAGACUGUCACCAGGAACGCCGAGAUCAUAGCCGAGCUGGAAUGUAAGGACGAGAAGAACCGGAUCGCUCUGACUCACGAAAGUAUUAAAUACGACACGAUGAUAACGCAGAAGCACGGCGAUGUCGUGAAGCUGCGAGACGAGAAUCAAUCGCUGCGCGAUCAGUUAAGGGAGGCUGAGGUUGAACUCGCUCGCAGUAACGACACGAUAUUAUCAUUGAGGAGGGAAAGCGACAGUGCGGCCGCGAUAAAUGUCCUACGGGCAAGUCUGUCGGACUUGGACGUGGAUAAGGAGAGGCUGUUGGCGCAAGUGGACUAUCUGAAGAGCGAAAUAUCGAGUUACCGGAGUUCCACCGCGAGCGUCGAAAGCAGACUGCGAGCGUUGUCGCACGGAAAUGAGACAUUGGUGGCGGAUAUAGAGAUUGUAAAAAGUACUAACGAUCAAUUGUUACAUCCUUCCGAGGACACGAGGUCGUCUCUGAAGGAUGCGCUGUACACGCUUCCCAAAAGAAUUUACGAGACAAUUCUGCGUCUUCGAACGGAAAUUAUGGAAUAUGAUAAAGAGACAAUGAACACAUGUUAUCCAAGUAAAGAAGCUCCCGAAGUGGAAGAUGAGAGAGAAAAGCGACAGAAAAAAUUAUAUGCUAAUAAGUCUUGUCAGCAAGAUGAGGAUAUAUUAGAUCCUGCCGCUCAAGAAGUAGAUUAUAAUUUUGAGAACGCCGCGCGCAAGUUAAAAUUCCUCGAAGGCCAAUAUGAAGAAAAACUGCGAGAAAUUAAGAACCUGAUGGACGACGUAAAACUAAGAGAUAGCGAAAUAAAGAGCCUUCAGGAAUGCAUUACCUAUUUGUUGCAGGAAAAAGACGAUCUGCAAGCUAAAGUUAAAUGCCAAACGGAGGAGUAUCAGAACAAAUUGACGUUACUGAAGAAAAAGUACGACAGCAGCUUGAACGCUUUUCGUAAAAGGCAUAAUGAAAACGUCGAAAGAUUGCAAGCGAGAUUCGAGGACAUUAUGAAAAUCGAGAAGAGCUCGUUCGACGCGGACAGUUGGCUGCAGUCGCUGAACUUGAAGGAGCUGUCGGAGCUGCAUAAUCGAAUCAAUAUUUUGAGCUCCCACGCGGCCGAGAAUACCGCCGAUUCGAAUACCGCACAUAUCGAAACCAGGAAGGAUCACUACAGCUGUCGGGAUAAUACCCAGGAGCAUAGGUUUUACAACAAAUUCACUUUGCGUAAGCAGUACACGAGGGAGAAUAGAUUGUCUUUAAGCGGGAAAACGAGUGAAGAGAAGUUUUACUCCAAAAUUCUCGAUGCUGAAAAUAAUGAGAAGAUGAUAACGGAAUUAUACUCUCGCGAUUUAAAGCUUAAACGGGAACACAGUUCCCUCGAGAAUGAGAAGGAGCGUUCUGGAAAUGCGGGAUCGGCUGAAUCUAGAACAGACAGAACUCUUGACUGGCAGAGGGAGAAAUUCAUCUAUCGGUGUAGCAUACAUCACAAAUUGAGCAACGCUCGCUGA